CGGACGUUCGUAAGUGAUCUAGCAAUGGAGUGGGAAAGACGUCGACUGCUCGCCCUUUGUGGCAUAUUAUUAACGCUUUGCUUCAUGUACAUUUUCAAAUUUAGUGUUCUGUCUUCCUUGUUCAUAUGUAUAAUUCUAGGAGUUUCAAUGUUGGUGCUGAAUAUCGCCAGCAAAGCCAACAUUGGAGCGCAAAGAAAUAGGCCUAUUCAUGACAAACCUGACAAAAGUCGGGUCAAAGGUCAUCAAUGGACUGCAAGUGGGAAUGAUACUACCAUGACUACUGCCAGUGCCAGUCAUGCCAGUGAACAUUUCAAAAUCAGGAAGAGAGUUCUUCCAGUUAGUCCUACGCAAAGGACCAAUUCAACUUUGAAAGAAACAGAAUUCGUACAAAAAUCUGGGCUGAGUGGACGUGAUCUUGAAAGCUUUGGUCCAGUCUUAAAGUUGAAGGGCAACCAUGAUUUUGUGCCGAUGUCCCCUGAUGAACUCAAGACGUCCAAGACAUGGACACCACUGAUGACCACAGCCAGUGGACUCAUUUCGCCAGUUUUCUCCAGCGUGAACAAAGAUGCAAACUUGACCACAAGUCUUUUGCCGAGCACUAAGUCACCUUUGAUUUCACCUGUCAUGCCUGUGCAACAGGUGGAAAAUGCCAUUUUGAAAUCCUCACCGCAGCGCGUCAGGCCCAGCAGCAGAGCUCCAUUGCAAUCAGACCACAGCAGUAAAGCAAUCAUGUUUCCCCUGCCCAGCCGCCACUACCCGACGCACCAACCGGACUACGCUCAGACCAAGAUGGGCAUCUUGCCAGCCAGCUCCAUCUUCUUUAGAGACGGGCUGGCCGGUAGCUCGCUCAGCCCGCACAGAAAAGGGGGCGGAGUGAGAAUGCACAGUCCCGUCACUGUGAAGAUAGCGAGGCCGGACAACAGACGGUCAGCUAGUCCACUUUUCCGUCGACUGUCCGCGGAGCGCAGCAGUGGGAGCCCACUUCACCGAGACACCAUCAUCGCUGCGCUUCAAGAGAGAAGGAAGAGGCUGGCCGUAGAAGAGCAGGACGACAGCAGCAGUGUCGGGUCCUCAGUGGCAGGAGGCGUCUUUGCCAAACGCAGACGGUUAGAUGAUGGUUCACAAUGCAGCACCCCUAGCCUGGCUAGCUCAUCCAACUACUCCACCCUGGUCAACAGCGAUGCCCAAUCAGACAGCUCAGCUGAAGAACAAGCUCGGGUCAGAUUCAAAACGGCCUGGACAGGUGCGAGGGGUGUGCAGUCGAGGACCCCUCGUAACGCCAUAGACAGCUCCGUCAGCUCCAGUCGAAGAGCUGCAAUAGCUAAUCAAAUGAUGCGAAAGAGGGUGCUCCUGCUACCAGCUCAGCCAGAGAGCUCCCCUUCCAAGAAGACUCUUCUUCCCCACGACGCUGACCAGAUGGCAGAUGGUGCUGAUAAAGCCUACCAGCCUGCUGACGUGGAAACCAUGAACGGCACCCAGAUCGUAAAUCGGAUUGGGGAGUCGGACUCGGUUGCUGGAGAGGCCUCGUCCAAAGACGGGAGAAGCUCAUCAGAUGAGGGGACUCCGACCAAGGCAUCAGGGAAGAGCCUGACAGCGACAAGGCUGAAGACGCCCAAACUGAGGUCUCUAGGACGACAGAUGCUUCGGAAUUCCAGCCCUCCUGGGGAGUACACAGCAGCUGACCUCGAAGAGGACCGUCACCGAGCCAAGCAGCGAGUGAACUACAUCCUGGAAUCACUCAAAGAUGGCGAGGACGAAGAGGUGAAGAAUCUCCCCAGAGAGCCAUCCACUUCAGUGGGCCUGGUGGUACCACAGACACCGCAGGUCUCUUCCGAGCCAACAUCUACAGCCCCUACGUUGUCGUCCGAUAAGUUGUUCCAGCUGAGCAAGAUGAACACCUUGCCGGUAGCAGCUGUCCAGGCAGGCCAGCUGCUGCUGCCCAGCACCAAGACAGACACUGGUAGUGCGGGCAAAGAGCAACAGGUGCCAGCACAGAGAAGUAAUGCCCCAGCAGUGACAACUCAGCAGCAGACGGGAGUAACCCUGCACAAAGGGGUAACGUUCGGGACCCCGCUGACGCAAAGCUUAAGUGCAUCCCCGGCACAGGCCGCUCCAGCCGCAACGUCCUCUUCAGUGCUCGGAUUCACUGUGGUGGAUUCCUCCAAGACACUUGGAUCAUCUGGAGCGCCCCAGAAGGAUGCCAUUCUGAGGGGGAUUCUGGUCGGACCGAAUCAGGUCACGACAGCGAGUUCGGUCGGGUUUGGACUCGGAGCAGUCACAUCGACUGCGACUUCCAGUCCAGCGACUUUGGGAAAGCAGGGAGACACGGGCCAACCAGGCCUCGGACAGGCUGCCCCCAAAAAAACCCUUGAGGGACUUUUGAGUCAAGGGACCCCCGUUGGUGGGCUGUCUGCGGGAUCCGUUGCCUCACAGCUGCGACCAUCCGAAGGCAGUCUGGCACAGGCUUCAGCGGUCACUGCGUCACAGCAGGCCAGCACCACAAGCUCCUCGCCGUUCUCCCAGACCACCGCUGGCUCAAGUUUGGGAGCGACGACAGCUGCUCCAUCCAAGGCACCCUCCAUGGCUACAGUUAGGGCUGCGAGCUCGGGAUUCAGGUUUGGAGCUCCAGUGGUGGCUGCCACAUCCUCAGGACCUGCAUUUGGUUCAACUCUUCAGGGUGCAUUGACAGCCAGCCGGGCACCCUCAACCUUCCAGUUCGGAGCCCCGACGCAGAUCACCCAGAGCAGUGCUGGGUUCCAAGUGCCGUCAGCUACUCAAGCGGCCGUUACCACAACCAAUGCAAGUGGUACACAGUUCGGAACUACGUCAUUAAAAACAGAGGCUCAGGCCAGCACCCCGUUUGCGUUUGGGGCUACCCCAUCCACAACAGCCAAAACAACAGCCCCUGUGUUGUCAUUUGGUGGGGCAGCCAACAGUAUAGGACAGGUGGGAGCCACAUCUAUAGCAGCCUCGGGAGGGUUGUUCAACCCAACCUCGGCAGCUUCUGGUGGUGUGUUUGGGGUUGCCUCGACUGCUGCCGCCACCAACCCAAGUUUCACGCCUGCCUUUGGCCAGACAGCUUCAACCCAGCCCUCGUCAACCCCGGCUUUCAACUUCUCCGCUCAAUCCACCCAGAGCUCCAGCAUGGCCCCCACCGGCGGAUUUCAGUUCAAGCCGGCAUUUGGCGCUCCAGCCGGAACCAAGCCUACCCAGAGCCAGCAACAGCAGCCGGGCAAGCCAGCGUUUCUGUUCAGCAGCAGUAGUAGUAUGACAGGCCAGCCUGCCGGUGCUGCAGUCCCCACCGGCAGCUUCACGUUCAAUUCAAGGCCCGCCGCCACCACCAGCUCAUCGGUGUUUGGAGCAGGUGCGACAGUGGCAGCAUCUCCAUUCCAGACGGCCACCUCUGGCGCAACAGGCGGGAUAUUUGGACAGCAGCCCACCACCCAAACCCCCUCCUUUGGCACAGCCACAGCCCAGCCAAUGAACACUUUCGGAGGUCCCACACCAAGGCAGAACGUAUUCGGGGGUCAAUCCACAGUGCCUGCUCCCGGUACAGUGGGGUUCAACUUUGUCACCCCAGCUGCCUCGCAGACAAAUCAGCCAAGCUUCAAUUUUGGACAAGCAGCUAGCCAGCCAGGUGGCGGCAGCGUGUAUCAGUUUGGCCAACACGCCAGCAGUGGUCAGCAAGCUAACCCAUCAGUGGGUGGGUUCGGGACACCCAGCAAUCCUCAGCCAUUUUCGUUUGGUGCAGGCGCGGCUGGUGGUUUUGGCACGCCAGCUCCUUCGGCCGCCCCAAGCUUUGGAGGUGUCACCCCGGCCAACAGUGGCGGCUUCACCCUGGGCAGCACAGGGUCUGCUGGAAACCAGAGGAGGAUCAGCAGAUUGAGCCGGCAGGCAAGGCAGAACAGGCGACGAUAAAUUGAAAAAAAAAAAAAAUUGCAUAAAGCAAAAUCCAAGAAAAAGUAAUACAUCUCUUAAUAGCAGUUUUGUUACAUCUGAAGUUUCCUCUCUCUAAAAGUGGGUCCAGAAUCACUUUUCUUUGGAGGGGGGGAUUCUUUUGUGGCCCAAAAACUGGAAACAAUAAUGCAACUUUUGGAGGGUUUUACACUUUUUUGAGAAUGCAAAGAAGUGAAAUUGUCCAAUUCUUGACAUUUGAAAAACUGGCUUCUUCUUUCGGGGAGUGUCCCCUAUUAGCGCCUCCCCCAUUGGCCAGUGCCUCUCAAAACACCCUAAAACUAAUUGGUGACGCCCCUUGCCAAAGCAAGACAUUGCUCAGCUAGUCAAGAGAGUUUAGCCUUCUAGACGUUGUUUUGCUGGCAUCAGGUGAAUGCCGUUUUUGACUGGUAACUGGUUCGGCCAUAGGGAAUAACUUUCUGAAAAUUCCAAACGCCGCAAGAUUUGGGGAUAAAAAUUUAUUUGAUUUUUGAUACACCGAGUUUGUUCGUUUCAAGUCAUCAGUUCAGGGUGUAAACAUUUUUGUAAAGAAAGCAUGUACAUGUAUGAUAUACAGAUAGUAAGAUGCGAGUGGCUAGUAAGCUAGAGUUGUGUACAUUCACAGUUUUUCCUUUCGUAAAUGUUUGUGUUGCAAACAUCACGUAAAUAGCCCCAAUUUGUGUAUAAAACGUUAAUCAUGGAAACAUAUAUGCGACUUCAAAUUUAGGCGAUAGCUUCAUGAAUAUGCAAUUCAUUUGCUUGUUUUGUACAUACCUAAUUAAUCAAGAAUGACCUCUUGUAAUCUUGCAGUCCCGUCUUCAGCGUAAUGCAGAAUGCAUGCAAUUGGUCACAUUUCGUUAACAAUGGAAGCCUAAAAAAGUAAACAUUUAAAGGAUCCAGGAAAUGAAUUUUUCUUAGAAUUA